GAGGGUGUGUGUAGAAAGCCAGCAAGCUUGAGAGGGAGAGGAAAAGAAGAAAAGGAGGAGGAGGGAGGAUGGAUGGAAGGAGCUUCAUGAUGGGGCCGUGAUAUUCUCUCCUUACGGACGCUGCCUUUUUCUCUACCAUGGCUUUGUCCCAGCUUUGUGCAGCGUCCCCGGGAGGAACCGCCGGCGCACGGCGCAGCACUCAGCCAGGGAGCCGGAGAUGAAUCAGCCCCAACAAAGAGCCUUUGAGAUGGCAACGUGUGCUUCUGCCUGGAGGGAGGAACGCAUCAGGCUUUCCCAGGCAAGCGGCAGCCUGCAGCGCGCUCUGGCUUGAGAGCCAGUCCUUCCUCGUCGCUGUGUGUGUGAGUGAGGGAGAAAGAAGGAUGGAUCUGCUGUGUGUGUGCAUAUGAGUGUGGAUGUAAGGGAGCAAGUGCAUAAUCGUGCUUCCAAUCCUUCCUGGAGGAGUGAGGCUCUCUUCUUUGCUGGACAGCAAGGGACAUACUGAAGCAGGCAGGCUGCCUCUCUCUUGGACCUGAGGAUGUUCCGCAAGAAGAAAAAGAAGAGGCCUGAGAUAUCAGCGCCAAAAAACUUCGAGCACCGUGUUCACACCUCUUUCGAUGCCAAGCGGGGCUGCUUCGUGGGCCUGCCGACGCAAUGGCAAAGCCUGAUAGAAAACCUGCGGAGGCCCAGACCUAUGGUGGACCCCUCUCGGAUCACAGAGGUGGAGCUGAGGCCAAAAAAGACCAUUGUGCGCGGGAGCAUGGUCGGUCACGGAGAAUACAUCUCUGCCAUGAUCAACGACAUGAGCCGCCUGUCCGUGACCAGCUCCAACUCUUUGCGGAAGAGCAGCCCCUCGGCCAGGAAGAGGGCCCAGUCCCUGGGAAGGCUGGGAGAGGUAAACGAAGGGGAUGGUUACCAGUACGAGGGCCUGACCCAGGACGACGAGGACGACAUGGAUGAGGCUCAGGAUCACUGGAGGGACAAGGGCAGGAACAUUCACAGUGAAACCAACACCCCCUACCUGGGGAUGAAGAAGAGCAUCACUCUGCAGCCCAAUGGAAUCUUGCCAAAAGCCAAGUCGACCUAUGAGGUCGGUGUCGGCACAGUGGAGGGGCCCUCACAGCCUCCUCCACCUCAGAACAUCCCAGCACCAAGUCAUGGACCGUAUCUGAGCGGAGAGCUGGGAAGUCCUCAGGAAAGACUGAUAUGGAAAAGAGAUUUCCAGCUUCCCAGAGGAAUGCCACCAAAUCAGAGACCUGUAGCAUGUUUUUACAGCCCUGCUGUGGCUCUCCAGCAGCUCCACGACGAUCAAGGGAACAUCGGACUGGAGCUCCGACCCAAUCUACCCAUGUACAUGCACGCACAGAACAGCCCAGGGAGGCCAUUCUCCUCCUAUGACCUAAAAGCCGAGUCGUCGGUGAGAUACCACUCCAGUUUCCUGCCGACCGGCACCAGCAGUCCUCUUGUAGGAGGCAUUAGACCUCAGCGUAUGGUGCGCUCCUCGGCAAGCUACACACUAGGCUUGUCUCCCAAUAUGGGGCUGCGGCCUGGUGUACCAGACCCCUUCCUCAGGCACUCAGGAUGCCCGAACCCCUCUUACCCCCGGCAGGACAGCCCAUCUCAACCUCGACCUUCACCCACGGGCUCAUUAGCCACCAGUCCUCCAGGAACCUGCUCCCCUGCUUUCAGACCGCCUCAGCAUCCUGCACCUCGACCGCCCCCUGACCCUCCCAAGGUGACGCAUGAACAGUUCAAAGCAGCCCUGCAGAUGGUGGUGGAUAAGGGCGACCCACGGACUUAUCUGGAGAACUUUGUGAAGAUCGGGGAGGGCUCCACAGGGGUGGUGUGUAUUGCUACAGAAAAGCACACUGGAAGACAAGUUGCUGUGAAGAUGAUGGACCUGCGGCGGCAGCAGAGGAGGGAGCUGCUCUUUAAUGAGGUGGUGAUCAUGAGGGACUAUCAGCACAAGAACGUGGUGGAGAUGUUCAAGUCUGCCCUCGUGGAGGAGGAGCUGUGGGUCAUCAUGGAGUACCUGCAAGGAGGAGCCCUGACCAACAUCGUGUCUGAAACCAGACUGAGUGAGGAGCAGAUUGCCACAGUGUGUGAAGCUGUUCUCCAAGCCCUGGCUUAUCUCCAUUCACAGGGCGUCAUUCACAGAGACAUCAAGAGUGACUCGAUCCUACUCACAUUAGAUGGACGGGUGAAGCUGUCAGACUUCGGUUUCUGUGCCCAGAUCAGUAAGGACAUCCCUAAGAGGAAGUCUCUAGUAGGGACGCCUUAUUGGAUGGCUCCUGAGGUCAUAUCCAAAUCACCAUAUGGCACAGAGGUUGAUGUGUGGUCGAUGGGUAUCAUGGUAGUGGAGAUGGUCGACGGAGAGCCCCCAUACUUCAGUGAAACGCCCGUAGCAGCAAUGAAGAGGCUUAGAGACGAGCCGGCUCCAACCGUUCGAAAUGUCAGCCAGAUCUCUCCAGUUCUCAAAGACUUCUUGGAUCGCAUGCUGACCCGUGACCCUCUGGAGCGGGCUAGCGCCACCGACUUGCUGGAGCACCCCUUCCUGCUGCAGAGCGGUUCACCUCAGUGCCUGGUCCCGUUGGUGGAACAGUAUCGGAAACGCAUGUCUCGCUGCUGACCCAUUUCAGCUCCAAGUCCCCAAAUGGGCCAACUUCAGCCUGCCCUGUACUGUACGACUCCAGAAGAGGACUAGCGCCGGGACCCAGCUCUCCUUACGGGGCCGACGUUCCCCCCCAGAAGCAGACCCAGGCAGCAUUCUGCUGCCGCCGUCAUGGUGGCCACAUAGUUUGUCAAACGCGGCAUGGUCUCGGGCAUGUGAGAAGCACUUUAGGAGCGAGCUAAAGGCAGCAUGCAAGUCCUCACCUCUCAACUCAAUUGGCUUCCUGCAACUUUCGGUGUGGAUUAACACGCUAUGCAGCCUGAUGCACUGACAGCCGAAAUCUGUCCUUCACACAUAUUCCAAAUAAGUGGUACUCUAAAAUCCCUUCGUGGUGUUUUUAGUGGGCAUUAAUGCAAGCUGUGCAAACUCAUUAGGCUCAAACCUCAGUAGCUCAUUGUGACAGGAUAAAGGCACCUCUGCACAUCCAUUCUGUUGAGGAAAUUGGACAACGAUACACUCUUUGCAUGGCCAAAUGGAGGCACACCUGGCCUAAUGUGAAUGCUUGAAUAUGUACUGGGGAUAAGAAAGACAAUUCUCCUAUAUUAGCAUAAUAAAUGGGUAAACAAAAACCCAGCUGCUACUAUUGGACUACUGGGAGGGAAAAACCCCAGCACCACUCUCCUCUUUUACUCCACUUUUACAUAUUUAUUUAUUUCUAAAAAAAAAAAACAAAAAAAAAAACAAAGAAAAAGAAAAAAAGAUGUUUGUUGUUUGUAUGAUGUGAAAUUGCAAAUAUGGUUACAUAAUUAAUAAAUAUGGACUCAAAACAUACUCAGACACAUUAACAAUGUAAAUAGAAAUCCUGAAUAUUAGGGUCUUUAACACUGAUAAGUUUGAAUCUUACCUUUAUUUCAUAAAACGUGAGUGUAGUGUAUGUAUGCGUGAAGGAGCAGGUGUGUGUUACGCAACGUCAUUGUUGACACAACCCUCUUUGUACUGUGACA